CUGCUAACUGGUUGCUUUUGAAUAAUUUGCUUAAUCUUUAAGGCUUUUCAAUCGAAACGAUGAAAAGAGGCCUGUUGUUCAUUUUCAGAGGAGGCGUGAUCAAACGAUGACGGAAUUUAUCCGUGUCAUGUUAACAGCGACCGCUCGUAUUGGUGCGUGCGGUCGGUUUGCCGUGACCGUGUUAAGUUUGAUAAAACAAGAAGGUGUGCGCUGACAUUCAAUUUUUUUUUUUUCUUUGCGGAACGGUCUAGUGUAAAGGUAUGAAAUGAUUUUCAAGGUGCUUUUCUCCCUCUGAUGAAUGAAGGCUAUAAGGUCAAGACUGGAAAAUGUCAGCUUUGUAAUGCUAAGUACAAUUCUUAAUCCCACAAAUGUCUUUUGAACUUGUUCAUCACAUCUUUUUCUCCUUCUAUACCGCUGUUUACUGUUUCUCUCUGAAUGUCACGCUUUUUGUUUCAUACUUGAAUGGUUUUAAGAUGUGACUCUUUUUUGGGUGACUUCUCAUUAUGAUUUUCAUUUACGUCCUUCUCACUCGCGGGCCUCAAGCAGCAUCGAUGUGCUCUGUUGUUCAUCUCGGCUUCCGAUUCUUCUCUUUGUGCUUUGUCUUUUGUUUCCCACGCUGCCGCAGCUCCUUGAAUGCUGCUGUGUGACAUCAGUGAUUCUGCUCACCUUUUCCUCCUUUACUACUGUGAUUGAUGUCUCAUGCAUUUAUGUCUUCUUACGUCCAUGUUGGGGGGGGAAGCUGGGACAUCCUGAUAUCUGAAAUCUCACUCAAACGUCAUCACACGCUAUCGGUGACUUUUCCCCAUUCAGGCUGAGAAGCAGCCUCCCAUUUCACGCAUCUCUUCUCUAUCCCGAGAAGGGAGCCUUGUUUCAAAGUGUGGGUUAGUGCCAAGGCUGUCCGCAGUUGUGUUGCUCUGACCUGUCUUUCUCUUUGGCCGCAGUGAUCUAGACAGAGACUUUUGGAAUAACAAUGACAGCAGCACAGUGCAGCAGAGGUGGAGCUCCUAUCCGCCGAAGGAGUUCGUACUUAACAUUUCUCCCUAUGCCCCAUACGGAGACCCACGCCUCACACUCAAGUGAGUCUUGGUCCGAGACUGGUAAGAGUCCCUCACCCUUGAGCAGGGCUGUAACGAGACAGGGACGCCACGCUUUGCUUUUCUUAUCCCUCUCUCUAUCUGUGCCCCCCCCCCCCUCCCUCGGCUUCACAGUCACCGCCACUUACCACUCAUCUAAUUAAAGCCAUUCAAUGUGUCUGCCAAACGACAUUUUAAAUCAAAUUAAAAAAAACAUUUUGUAAUUCGAGAAAACUUUAUUUCCACAUGAGAAAGGCUCAGUUUAAAGGCCACUGUAUAAAUAUUCUACUGCCUUGCAAAAUGAAUACAAAUUGCGCCUUUCGAGGCCGAGUGUUAUUGUUCAAUUUAAUUUCCAUGAACUAGUGUUAGAACAAGAAAAACAGACGCAGCCAAUGUAACAGUACCGCAGGGCAAAUGGUUACUAAUGAUUACUCAUAAUCUGCUCUGGAAACGGGAGUGGGGGGGAAAAAUGUCACACACGCACAUUACAGCGUCCCCGUCAUAAUUCCUGCAGAGAAGCCCCUAAACUCCCUCUGGCUCCUUUCUGCCGAUCCUCCUCACUCCCUGUCACCUUUUAAUGAGCACCCAGGCACAUGUUGCAAAGCCCGCUACAGCCCUGCUGGUCAUACUAACACCUGACCUCUAACCUCUUUCCCAUGGGUGGUAACCAUGGAGACGGCCAACCCUCGUCGUUUAAGAUGAUCGUACGUCUUUGUUGCUGAGGGUUGACCGUUGGCCCGGUUUGCAGUGUGAUGCCAACGUCGUUGACAUUCGUCUGUGCGCUUCCUCCGAUCUGCCGAAACUAACAACGAGCUGCAUGUUCCGUCGCUCACGAUGGAAGUCAAGGCCUUUUUACGUGAGGCGAUAAAAGUAAACGCUCAAGCAAGGUCAGACUUGUCACCUUCCAGGCAGCGCGAAGGCUUCGAUUUCCCGCUACCGGAAAUCUGUCAGAUAAACUAUCUAAUGAAUGGUCAUUUUCAAAAAGGCUGAGCUGUUGAGUGUGUACUAAAUGGCCUGGAGACAUGAAGCUGCAGAAGAUGAUGGCUGCUGAUCCCCGUCAUUCCAAGCCAGCUCUGCUGGAGAGAAUUUAAAAUAAAAAUGAUCCAUAAUAAGGCUGCCGUUUAUUGUCCAUAAAACUGCUCGUUAUUUUGUCCACUUGAAGUAAUGGACAAUUUCCCCUCCCUGCAAAAUGGAUUUCUUUCUCAAUAGCAUGCCAGAAAAUAUAUUGGCAUUGACAAAUGGAAAAAAAAUCUGCAAUUUGUUUUUAUAAGGAGACAAAGGAUGGCUCCCCAAAAAAUAACUGGUCGUAUUGUAUGAUUUUCAAGCAAGACAGUGACAAGAUUAUUUCCUGUUGAAAAUUUCCUUGCGAUCAGCAGCUCUCAGCUCUCUGUCAUGACAGUACUGGGCCUCAUUUAUCAAAUAGGUUCUCUGAUCCAUUUUUAAGGAAUGACUACAUUUUAAAGUCUGUAGAACCCCCCACCUCUUUUACAGUUUUUUUAUUUGGCUCUAGUGACAACGACACAAUUGCUGGAUUGACAGCAAUCAUUUGUCAUACAGUAUAUGAAACUGAAUACUGUAUUUGAUACGCCAUCUUAUCAAAGGGGAGGAACUGUCAAGUGUCAAGGAUAAUGUGGCCAUAUAUUUUUUUAUACCUUAGGCAGUUAGGCAGAUUGAUGCCAGAUUUUACUACACAUCCCUGUAAAUACCCUUUGUUGAUUUAUGAGCCCCCCUGUUCAUUUACACUUUCCUACUUUUAAUAUAAGUAAGACCUUGUUCACCUGAGGCCCAGGUCUCGUCGUUCCAGCGAUGUCAUCCGUGAUUGAUGACUUAUCCACGUGCGCAUUCGGGUCAGUUGGUCACAAUCAAACGUGAAGGCUGACCUUCAAAUGGAAGCAAGACAAAUAUUUGCCUUCACAUUUGUGAUUGGACAUGAUAUUGAAAAGCAGUCGUGUCAGCAGAUGGCACUAAUGUGCUUUCUUUUUUCAUUACCGCUCCUUUCAAAUUCGACGUGAUUACUUUCAAUCCCCAAAACAGCCGUGAGUUAGCAUUCGAGUUGGCAACGAGUCAGGUUUUGAUUCUAAAUUGCAAUCCACAUUUCAUUGGAACACCGUUAAGCUAAAUUUCCCUUUGAGCGAGUCGGCAAAAUGCUCCAUUAUUUUCACUCCGCUAUGAAGCACAACUCGUCGCCACCGUUGAACUGCCUCGUCUCAAGCUCCCCGACGCAUAAAUGAAAGAGGGAAUGAGAGUUUAACGGGCAGCAUCCCCACAGCCGUGAGAUCGGCGCGCUGGUCCCAGACGGAGUGACCUUAUUGAUUUUCCACCUUCCACAGGCUUCCCUGCAAAUGCUUCUGCUCUCCACUCCCCAUUUUUGUGUUUGAACACACAGAGCCUCCUUUUCAUUUACCUGCUUUUCACCGGCCUUGGAAAGCUGUCUCCUCACACACACACUCUACUAAUGUGUCACACUUACUUAGUCAUGUGGUUGCUCAACCUCUUUUCCUGUGUGUAUGUUGUACGUGUGUCUCGCUCUCUCGCUCUCACACGCUUUUCGGUGUUUUUCCCCUUCCUCUGCUUGUCGUUGCUCUCUCUCUAUCUUUCUUUUUCUGUAUCGUCUCUCUGCUGCCAUACCUCUGCAUCCUGUCUGUCUCCCUUAGUGGGGCAGUGUCAGGGUGUCAGAAGGGAGCAGCCACUGGGCAUGGGGAUGAUGGGGGUGGGCCUUAUCGCAGUGACAGCAUGAAGAGCAUGAUGACAGAAGGAGCGAAGGCCGGGAGAUGGCAGACCGUCCAGGGCCAUGUGCAGUCUGGAGGAUUCAAACCCAGCAACCAUAAGAGUCUGUGCGUCUUGUGUUUGUGUCUCGCACCCCAUUUCCCGACUCCUCCAUCCUCACCCUUUCUCCAUCUUACUGUUUGCGUGUAAAGCCACUCCCACCCGUCUCUGAUUCCUGCUUCAUUUCCAUAUCAGCCUUUUUUUUUUUAUGUUUUCUACAUUAAAUAUGAUUAACGGUGCACCGAAGAUCAAAAUUGAGAAAUAAUGUCGGGUGAAGUCGUGCAAAGCGGAGUAAACUGAGGUGAAUAGCUCCCAUGACCUAAUUCAUGUAGUCGGGGUAAUGCAGUCAGCUGACGGCAGAGGAUAUAUUUAGUUGACAGCAAGAAAAAAUUUUUUUAAACAGAAGUGCACGUAAUGUCGCACAGCGUUAUGAUCAUGUGAUUGCUAAAAGUGUCAAUUUUGAAAAUCCUAAAAGGAGGUUGGAAAUUAGCCAUUGAUAGAGGGAGGGAGACGUAAUGUAGGCCUUGGUUGGCUGAUGAAAGUCUCCAGAGAGGGCAGCGUGUGUUUAAAAGACCCAAAAGGAUGAAAGACUGUCAGAUCAUUUUCGAGUGCAGGAAAAUGGGCAUCUCGCGUCAGAGCAGAAAAACGUCGCCCGCAAGCUGCAAAUCUUCGAGCCAAACGUCGCCGAGACGCCCGGCGCCCGUUCGGACUUCGCGCAUCCGAGCGCUACCGCUUCGAAAUACUCUUCCACGCAAGCUCGGCGGGCAGACGGGCAGGCUGCCUUCGCACGUGGCGCAGACGCGCAGGGCGAGCGUGCAGACGCGCAGGGCGAGCGUGCAGCCGGCGGCACAUUCGGGUUGCACCUUCUCCUGCUAUCUCUGCUAUUGUUGUUACUGCUGCUGCCUCACAUUGCUCUCCUUCUCUUUCCUCCUCCUCCUGUCUCCAACUCCACCCUCUGACUCCUCGUCCACUUCCCCUACCCCCGCGCCAACAUCAACUUCCCGUGUGGAUGAACCUUCGACACCUCCUGACGUCAACCUGACUGUUUCUGCCGCGUCGCCCCGCCUCACCUCUGACGAUUCUGUCGUCCUCCGCCGCACUUGCGCUCCUGAACUGCUCACACCCACCACCUCUCCUCCUCCCUCUUCUGGCUCCUCCUUCUCUUUCCAUCGCCACAUGCUAUGUCGGCCGUGGCCAUCUUCUCGUUCUCUUUCCUCCCUGCUCCUCUGCCCUCCCAGCUUUGGGGAUCCCGUAUUGUCCUACGCGUCCACACUGGACCACAUCCCCACCCGUCCUCGGACUCUACUACGUCAACAGAGUCUCCAACAGCCCCUCAUGAACCCCCCGGGCUCCGGAUUUGGGCAGCCGCCCACCACGUCCCAGAGUUUAAGGCAGUUACACACGGCACCCGGACAUCCUGGGGGAGGCGGGGCCACUGGGAGAGGAGAAGCAGGCGGUGGUGAGGGCGGGGGCGCAGGUAAAAGAGCUGCUCCACGGGCCGCACGAGGCGGCCCCGCAGGAGCGGGCGCCUCUCGCUAUCGAGGAGGCGGCGCAGGAGGGCGCUCGCGGGCCAAUCCGGGCAGUUGGGAUUACAUGAUGGACCAGAUUCGGAAUCGCGGCCUGGACGUCAAAUCCUUCCUCGAAGGGAAGCUGGUGGUCUUGUCUUUGGCCAUCGGUGUGGCCGAGCAAGACGACUUUGCCAAUAUCCCCGACCUGCAAGAAACACAGCAGCCGGUCCCAGCGCCCAGUCAGGAGCCCCCUCUCGAGAAGAGGGGCAACAAGCCAGCGAACAGUCCCAAAGGCCAACCCCCUGAUGGCGAUGGCCACUCCUCCGUGACCGACCUGGCUAACUCCCUCACUGGAGACAUGGUGAUGCUGUCUCCAGGUUCAGAAGAUGAUGACGGCGAGGGUCCAAUCAGUGAGAAGCUUGGUCGUAUCCAGUUCAGUAUAGGCUACAGCUUCCAGAACACAACCCUUACUGUCAAAGUUCUCAGGGGCCAGGAGCUCCCAGCCAAGGACUUCUCUGGUACUUCAGAUCCCUUUGUCAAAAUCUACUUGCUGCCUGAUAAGAAGCACAAACUGGAGACCAAGGUCAAGAGAAAGAACCUCAACCCCCACUGGAAUGAAACCUUCCUAUUUGAAGGUUUCCCCUAUGAGAAGGUGAGAGAGCGCACACUUUACCUUCAGGUGUUGGACUACGACCGCUUCAGCAGGAAUGACCCCAUCGGAGAGGUCUCCAUCCCACUCAACAAGGUGGAAUUGGGUCAGAUCAAGACCUUCUGGAAGGAGCUCAAACCCUGCAGUGACGGCAGUGGGAGACGAGGGGACUUGCUGGUGUCUCUCUGCUAUAAUCCCACUGCCAACACCAUCACUGUGAACAUCAUCAAAGCCCGUAAUCUCAAAGCCAUGGAUAUCGGAGGCACCUCAGAUCCCUACGUGAAGGUGUGGCUGAUGCACAAAGACAGACGUGUGGAAAAGAAAAAGACAGUUACAAUGAAACGCUGUCUCAAUCCCGUCUUCAACGAGUCCUUCCCUUUCGACGUUCCCGCCCACGUGCUGAGGGAGACCACCAUCAUCAUUACUGUCAUGGACAAGGACAGACUCAGCCGCAAUGACGUUAUCGGCAAGAUCUACCUGUCGUGGAAGAGCGGUCCAGCGGAGGUGAAGCACUGGAAAGACAUGCUGGCGCGGCCGCGCACCAACGUGGCCCAGUGGCACGCUCUCAAGGCCUGAUGGCACCGCCCACUUUCCUCCAUGCCCCCCCCCCUCCGUCCCCCCAGUCCCGUCCUUAUGCACAAGACUGACUUGCUGCCGGGCCGCGAAACACGGGUACAAUUAGCCAUCUGCUCUCUUAAACCUUUAAACUCGUUCUCUUAUUCCUCCUUUCAUACGCUCCUGUCUCCAUUUUUGUUUCCCACCACUCUGUCAAUGUUUCUGUUUUACUCCUUCUGCACUUCUGACCUUAGUUUCAAUCUGCGGCCCCCUUUGGUCCUGAACUGCACUGCAGCCACUGACCCAUGAAGGUGCCAGUCCCUUGGGAUCACAAAGAAUCUUAAAUAACUUCAUAUAGUGUAUAAUAAUUUCAGAACACAAUACUAUCCAGUAUGUACUGUAUGUACAUAAACAUGAAUAUAUUAAUUAGGCUUCUAGAUUGGCCGUUCCCUCUUACACAAACAUCCGUCUGUUGCUCUUUCCAUUCAUUUGUCUUCAUUGUGCUGUAUCUUCCAUUAUGUUGCUCCCUCCUUUUAUGUGCAGUUAGUGUGGUUUAAUGUUUGGCUUAAGCCGUAGAAAGCAAUCAGUCCUCGUUUUUUUUUUUUUUUUUAUGAAACCAGCUGAGCUCAAGAUGAUAUUGUUGAUACUCGUGUCUCUCUCCUCUUUUCUCUUCUAUUCUCUCAUUUCCUCUUUAUUGUUCCCUUCUUUCUUAUCCUCUGGCACAAUAUUAGUGCCCCCCACCCUGACAGCCGCCAUCCCCCCUCCCCAUGUCGUCUGUGUGCUGUGGGUGCUGUGCUGUAGCUCAAAACAAAACUAGAGUUUAAAACAUAUACUGUACAUGUACUGAACUUUUCCGAAGCUGGAAAAGCAGGAACACGACAAACUCAUGAGGCGGAUCACUCCUGAUUUUUUCAGAAAAUAAGCCCUUGACACGGAGAGAGAAAAAAGAAGACGUGGAGGAAAACAAAACAAAACAAAACAACAACUCUAAAUCCCAGACGCUACGAUGAUGUCAUUUUUUCAAAGCGAAGGAGGGAACCACUUUCAAAUGUUCUCGCGACAAAGGCAACGCAAAGGUUGUGCUGUUUUGUGUGCAUGCCUUCCAAUGUGCGCGCUCACUUCAAUUUGUGGAUUGAAUUCUUCGUGCUGCCCUGUGCUCUUGUUUUUGCCCUGUUGUGCUGAACAUCUCAAAGAAUCGCUCCAUUCUCCCAAACCUGUUUGCCUCCGUGGCGCAUCGGGUAUUAAGUGUGUGUGCGCGCGCGUGCUUGGUGGAGCAACACGUUUCAAGUCUUCUUUUUUCUCUUUCUCUCUUCUUACUGCCAUCGCUUCCCCAUCCUCUUUUACUGCCCUGCCUUCUGAACGAGGGCACGGGGGAAGUUCUAUCUGCACUUUUUCAAAACGUAAUAAUAAUAAUGACAACCUUGAGGUUGAGGAUGGUUUUGAUGAUGAUUAUAGUAGCGGUGAAAAUGAAAGGAGGAAUGAGCGAAAAGGCAAGUUUGGGAAAGGUCGCCUCUGCGCUGUGACUUGAGGGCGUGGAGAUGCGGAAGAAGACACGGAGGACGGAUGAAGGGCUCUCGUUCGCCUCUUUGUGCCGCUUGUUAUUUUCGGCGUGUUCACUGGCGUGCAUUUGAAUAUUUCCUCUUGGCGCUUUGCUGUGGAGAGAAAGAUCUCGUCCUUGCCUGGCUUGUCAUAAUGAGGCUCGCCGAGCCAGUAUUGUGACAUAACGUGUUAAAAGCAUGAUCAGAGCUUCGACUGGGAGAGCAACGUCGUCUGUAUGUUGUCUGCCGGUGUCGCGGUCAGUCAGGCCGGGAGUAGAUUCUGACUUUGUUGCUGACCCCCACCAAAAAAAAGAUAACAUGGAAUUUUGUUUCGCACUUCGUGGGUGUGAUUUUUGAGGAUGGACUGAUCUGUGACUGUGAGAUAGUGGAGAAGCAGAUAAUCUUUUUCCCGGGGUGCUUGAGAGCAGUGCUGUGUUUUGUCAGGCACAGUCAACUCAAAUUCGCCCACAGUAAAAUAAAAUAGAUUUCCACGGACAGCAUGGAAGAACCUUUUUUUUUUUUUUUUUUUUUUUUUCAAAUCUAUUCUGGGAGUGUUGGUGUGUCAAAUUUACAAGAAACAAUUAACGUUUAACAAUUGCACUUGACAUAAGGGUUGCCAUUGAUCAUGCUGUUGUAUAUUUUUCUUUUGUUAAAAAAAAUAAUAAUUUCGUGGAAGUUCUGCUAGGCUCAAUAGCAAAAGGCUUAAAACUGAUGGGUCAAAACUAACUCAAGUUGGGUGCAAUAGGGUCUAACCCAAUCUUGGGUAAAGGUAACCCAAUUAUCUUAAAAUCCACAGUGAGUGUGUUAGGAAAACCCUCUAGCAUUAUUUAGUGUUUGUAUAACAAUUUGUUACCAGGCAGUACAAUUUGCUUGCUCCUCUGGAUUUGUUCAUUUUCUUUCUUUUAUUUAAUCUCAUUUGCUGCAUUGUCAUGUAGAGAGCAGAGAUAAUCUCUGUCUUCUGUUUGGCUCUGCAUUAGAGAGACAAGCCCGAGUUAGCAAGUGUGAGUAGUUGGGCACUCAAGCACACAAGCAACAAACUUCGCUUCAAGAUGAUGUCAUUGCCAUCAGCGAAAUCUCAAUUUUAGCCUUAUCUGCACAAGAUUAGACAUAUCAUCUGCCUCUAAGCUACUCUGGCCUGUUCGUGUGUCCAUUCGUCGGACAGAAGGGAACACAGUUUGCUGAGGCGACAUUUGCCAAGAAAAGAAAAUGGAGUGUGCCCUCAUUAGUAAUCAUAAAGAUGCUGGAAAAGGCUAAAAUGGGGGAAGAUAAUCACCCAGCCAGUUUCCUAAGGUGAAAAUGCAGGUGAUGCACUUACACUGCGUUUUCGUUUCAACGUGAUUACACAGUGUUCAAGGAGGGAUAAAUCGCCCCACUCGACCCAGUAAACUGGCAUAGUUUUGUGUUCUGCUGCUGCUGCAAUUAGAAUUGGGGCAGGUAGCUUGCUAGGUGGCACAGAGUGCUUUUGUUUUCCUUCAUGCAAAUUUGUGAAGUCACCCUAUCACCUUGGUAUCAACGAAAAUAUCCCUUAGGCACAAUUUGUGAUAAUGAUCUAUGUUUUUUUUUUUUUGUUUCCAUGAUUACAUCUGAUGCAAAGCACAUGAAUAGUCAUACUCAAGGUUGCUAAGUGAAUAAACAUUAGGAUGCACUUUUUAUGAUUAUUCCAAAAGUUGCAUAACAAACAACCUCUCUUUGCCAGGUGCUCUAAAAGCAGCACAUUUAGAACGAAGGUCAUUUGAAACAAUAUAAAAGAGAAAGCAAUUUGCCAACCUAACUUUUUAUGGAAUUAGCACUUGUCGCCGUGACAGUUGUGACCAGACCAGAGUUAAUUUUCAGGUUUUAGAAAGUUUUAGGUCUGACUAGGCAAAACCGGUCGCCACCACUGUUGGAAAAAUGCUGCUGGUGUGAUGUCAUUAGGGAAGGCGUGCAUGCAUAGAUUGGAACAGCUGAAUCAGCAAAUUGUCAUUUUGGGUCGUGUGUGAGUCGCAACCUUACGCAGGCAGACUCGACCUCCAGCCCCAAACUCGCCUUUGGACUCGUUUGAAGCAUUUGUUAAAAACCAGUGUGACUUCUCCCAAUCAGAGUUGAAGCAAGCGUUAUUUGAAUUGUAACAAUAACGAGAGUCAAUAUAUAUUUUUCUUUUUGUUCACAGUUGAUUGUCGGUCAGUGUGUGUGUGUGUGUGUGUGCGUGUGUGUGUGUGUGUGUGCGUGCUUUGGUGUUCUUGUGUUGGGUUUCUUUCUUUCUAAACGUGAUAUGGAAAAGCUUCUGUUUUUGACAACUUUAUGUAAAUAUCCUUGGUGGAAAUGAACAUUUGUUGUUCAACGAGUUUUCCUUUGUCACUUGAAAUGAUGAAGAAAACACGUUCGUGAUAACAGUGGUGAUGUUGACCAUGCCGAUUCUAACAGCCCUUCUUGAAUAAGGGCUUUUGAUGUCCGCUGUAUUUUUGUGGGAGGGGGUCCCUGCACUUGGAGGAGGAAAAAGGGAAGGAGUGCUAGCCGAUGCAUCCCGGGUUCACUGUAGCAACACUGCCGCGUAGCUUUGCUCCUGGAAAUUGAAUGUGGGAGGAGCCUGAGCCACUAAUGCACUCAGAUAUUUUGUGUUUUUAUGCCAAGCAUCAAAAGGCCGUCGCUCUGCCCCGCCCGCGCCCGUUCGUCUCAUCCUGUCUUCUUAUAGGCUUUGGGAUUGACUCUAAUGCCAUUGUGUUGGACAGGAUUGACCAUGCUCACACGCUGAUGAUGCCAGAGCAAAUUUGGAGGCGGGCAUUAUCCAGCUAGAGGCCAGAAGUGGAUAAGCACCCAGCAACCCUGAGGAAUAUUUGCGUGUAUUUGUCUCAUUUAGCACCACAAAAGCGUCUUGCUAGCUUGGGCGGUGAAAUUUAGCGAGACAAAUUAUUCGAUUAAAGGUACCUGCAAACUAUCAACACAUGUAGGAGAAUUGACCAACAAUAUAUAUAUUUUUUUCAAUCAUCAGAUUUUGACCAGAAUUGUUUGACAAAGCCACAUGCCAAAAUUGAAAACGCACAAUCUGGCUCCCAUUAUUUCCAUCCAUGUCCACUGUAAUGACGACUAUGGUUUGCCGUUUCAUAUUUCAGACCGGCCCCAACCACAAAAGUGCUACAGUUACUCCAGCAGCCGGCAAAAAGGACUGUCAAUGCGCUCUGGCCUCCAUUUGUAAUGUCAUCCCAUCUCAGGGGGGCGUGGCGAGGGCAGACAACGCGGAUUUAUCGAUGCUCUAAAAAUAAUCUUUGACUCCACAUCCAUUUGCUCUCUCUUGCCGGUUGAAGUAAUAAUAAUUAUAAAAUAAUAAUGCAGCUUGGAUCCACUGCCAUCAUGUGUGGGAAAUCGAAGGGGCGGGAGGUCAUCACAGUUCUUUUGGGAUGCUGCGACUAGCACUUGCGUUUCUUCACCUCCUCUCGGGACUUGCCGUGGCUCACCUCCUCAACAAAGAGUGCUCAAGCUUAAAUACACACAAUUGUGAUGUGUACAAUCUAAUUCCAUGUAUUGAUUUCUUUCUGUAUUUUUGCCAACUUUGUAAAGUGUAUAAAUAUCUAUAAAUAUAUGAACAAGA